AUGGCCAAGGACGAGAUGCGGAUAAACGCCACGAGACUCAACGACAACCUCGUAUCGAGCUGUGCAUGGGGUAGCUUAGGCAACGGUGGCAUGUGCAGAUUGGCAGCUGACGACGACGAUGGGAAAGUCCGAGGCUGGUUUAUGACACAAUGUCGACAGUAUGGCUGCGAGACCAAAGUUGAUCAGAUGGGCAACAUAUUCGGAAUUCGACCUGGCCAGAACAACAACAUCCCUCCCAUUGCUCUGGGAUCGCAUUUGGACACGCAGCCAAGAGGAGGCAAGUAUGAUGGCAUAUUGGGCAUAUGUUGCGCUCUCGAGGUGCUCGCAACAGUCCAUGAGGCUGGCAUGACAACAUACGCGCCUCUCGCCGUCGUGAACUGGACGAAUGAAGAAGGCGCGCGUUUCCUGCCCUCCAUGCUCGGUUCGGGCGUCUGGUGUGGUAAGUAUACCGUCGAGUUCGCGCAUGAGAGAUCGGACGCUGGGGGCAACAAGCUGGGUGACGAGUUGCGACGCAUUGGGUAUUUGGAUGCGGCGUCAGUCGAGUGCUCAUACAUGACCAAUCCACUAAGUGCACAUCUAGAAGUUCAUAUCGAGCAAGGACCCGUGCUGGACGAAAACAGAGAGAGCGUCGCGGUGGUCAGUGGGAUUCAGGCAAUCCGUUGGUACGGGAUCCAACUGAUCGGCAGGGAGUCACACGCUGGUACUACACCAAUGAAUCGCCGACGAGACGCUUUGCUCGCGGCAGCGAGAGUCAUUGACAGCGUCAACCACAUAGCAACCACAUCAGAGUCUAUUGAUAAAGGUCUCCGCACUACCGUUGGGGUCAUCAACUCCAUGCCCCAGGCGAUAAACACAAUAGCUGGCCAGGUUGAACUAUUCCUGGACUUGCGCAGCCCGAGUGAUGACGAGAUGAAUUCCCUGGACGAAGAGUGUCAACGCUCUAUCAACGCCAUUGCAAAACGCAUGAACAUCGAGGUUAGGCUGAACCCGAUUUUCGAUAGCCCAGCAUUACAUUUUAACAACACGGCCUCGACCUGUAUCGGGGAAGCAGCCCUGGCACGUGGGUAUCGGAGACAACUCAUUAGUGGCGCAGGACAUGACAGGCAAGUUACGUUUGUGUCAUCCAGUCGUUGGUUCGGAAAUGCUGACGAUGACUUCAGCAUGUACACGGCUUGGCACUGUCCAACGGGGAUGAUAUUCGUGAGAUGUAGAGACGGUGUCAGCCACCAUCCGAGCGAGUAUAGUCGGCCCGAAGAGUUCGUUUGUUCACUGGCCAUCGGGCUUGUGAGAAGAUGCUAA